GUGCGAGAGUCUUGAAUCCUCAUCAUCACUCCUUCCAUUUCACAGUUGUCCUUCUCUUUCCACUUCCUCUUGUGUCCUUCUUUCUUUUCUUUUUUCCUCUCAUUUUACCUCCUACUGUUCUUAUUUUUUUUGUAUUAUAAAUACAAACUUCACGAUUUAAUAAGACGCCAUGGCCGGGAAAGAAUUCCUCCAUAAAAUGAAGGUGAUUACUUUCAUUUCUUACAAUUUAAGCUCGUUUGCUGUUAUAUGGAUCUAAUUAUGUUGGAAAAAGUUGGACUAGGUUCAUCUGCUGAUUCUGGAAAAGGGAAGAGUAAGAUGUCAAAGCAUGUAACUCAUGGCUAUCACUUGGUGAAGGGGAAAUCAAGUCAUCCUAUGGAAGACUAUGUUGUUGCACAGUUCAAGGAGGUCGAGGACAAUGAACUUGGUUUAUUUGCAAUAUUUGACGGGCAUUUAAGCCAUGAAAUUCCUGACUAUCUGCGGACACAUUUGUUUGAGACAAUCUUAAAUGAGCCUAACUUCUGGACAGAACCAGAGACAGCAAUCCAGAGAGCUUAUCGUAUUACUGAUGAUACUAUAUUGGAGAAAGCAGUUGAUUUGGGUAAAGGAGGUUCAACUGCAGUUACAGCAAUAUUGAUCAACUGUCGAAAGCUGGUAGUAGCUAAUAUUGGUGAUUCUCGAGCAAUUAUGUGCAAAAAUGGUGUGGCCAAGCAGCUUUCAGUUGAUCAUGAGCCAAGUGUAGAAAAGGAUAAGAUUGAAGGCAGAGGCGGGUUUGUGUCAAACUUUCCGGGGGAUGUUCCACGAGUUGAUGGACAAUUGGCAGUGGCAAGAGCAUUUGGGGACAAGAGCUUGAAAAAACAUCUCAGUUCAGAACCACAUGUCACAGUAGAGAUGAUUGAUGAAGACACGGAAUUCAUUAUCUUGGCAAGUGAUGGGUUAUGGAAGGUAAUGUCAAACCAAGAAGCAACAGAUGCUAUCAAACAUGUAAAGGAUCCUCGGUCUGCUGCAAAGCAUCUUACUGAAGAGGCGCUUGCUAGAAAAAGCUCAGAUGACAUUUCCGUUGUAGUUGUAAGAUUUGGAUGAUAUAAGAUUAGGUUCAACUUGUGUCUGAUAAAAAUCUCAGUAAUGUAAUGUGUUAUAACCCUUGUUAUAGUUAGGGGCAUCAAAAUCUCUUGCCAUAAAAGAACCCUUUGUGUUCGCAUCACCAAUGUUCCAUGUUCAAGCAAAAUGCCAUUGUAUUUUAUAUAUUUCUGAUUCAAGUUUAUUGUUACUUUGGUUGAUCAAUUAUGGAAAACAUCGAGCUUGUUGUUUUGCUUUA